AUGUCGCUGAUCUCGGCGCACCUCGAGCAGAUUGGCUAUUCCUGCCAGGGCAUUAAUGACCUACCGUUUCCUCCGCCAAAAAUCUUCACAAAUGCCCUGCUUUCCAAUCAUGAUAUCACAUCCAUCAUUCGUGACACCGAACCUCAUGAGCGUGCCCUCUUCUCCGUACCACCGCCCCCUCCACCUUCAACGACCCUCAAACCCACCGAACCGGAGAAGAAGAAGUCCUCGAGUAGACGCCAGACUGUAUUCAACGUAGCUUCGGGUGAGGUAACCACGGGCCCCCCACCGCGCACAGGUACACAUCCUCGUCGACAGACCGCUGUGGCAGCUGUGCUGGGCGGCCAAAUGCACGAGGAAUUGCGGCGCGGAGAGUCAGAUCGCAAAGGCGAUGUGGACGUUAACGUCCUCCUUCGCGGAGCGGAGAAGCUCUGCGGUGUGUACGAGUUACCUGGUGCGCGGGAGCGCAUUGCUACGCUGAGGAGUAAACAUGCGCACGGGAAGAACACAGCGGCGUACUACGAGGCGCGAGUUCAGGAGCAAGCAGACCAGCUAGCUACUCUUGAUCACCGGGACUACUUCGAUGAAGAGGAAGAGGAAGAAGGCGAUGUGUGGACUGAGGAUGAUUUGAGACUGGAGGAGGAAGAGGCUAAGGAGAUGGAGGUCAAGAAGAGGGAGUUGCAGCUACACGUCUGCGGCAAGAGCUUCUUCUCGUGCCAUAACCAGCUUUUCCAGAAUAUCCCCCACAUCCUCUGCUCCCUGUAUCAUGAACUUGUCAUUGAUGAUAUAUCGCGGUACACCUUUGAUACCCAGUUUCUGCAUCUCGGCAACCUCGGCAUCAACUUCUUCACCCCCUUCGUCACUCUCCAGCCAUUCCCUCGCCUCAUCCUUAUCAAUGCCCGCCCUCUUGGCGGCGCCAAUCAAGUCCCCCUUGCUCGUUAUAUUCCCUCCUUGUAG